AUGGAUCCGAUUAAGCUGACAACAGAAGCUAAGGUCCCUGCUAAGCGAUCAAAGGCUACAAGCCACUACUUGCCUCUUCAUAAACGCCAGUUCUAUCAUUCCCGAACCGGUCAGCCAUUGUCACUUGAGCAAGUUAUGUCUGACCGAGAUAGCGAAAAUGACGUCGACAAAAAUGAUGAUGCUGCACAUCUCGAAGAAAGCCAGAUGCUUAAUGGUUCCAUGGAUGAGAAUGAAAUCGUAGCAGAGAGAUUCAUAAAACUUUGGAACUCCUUUGUUAAACAGCAAAGGAUUGUUGCAGAUGCUCAUAUUCCUUGGGCAUGUGAAGCAUUCUCAAGAUUACACCUGCAAGAGCUGCGCAGUAACUUAUCACUCGACUUGUGCUGGAGACAAUUCAUGAUCAAACAAUGGGAUUAUGGACUUCUUGACAGAGUCACCAUGAACAAAUGCAAUACCAUCAUCUACCAUAAUAUCUCAACUACCAACGAUGACAUAAACAAUAACAACACAAGGACGACUGAUAAUAUGGAUGUUGUCGACGAUGACAUAAACAGAGACAAGGGGAACACAGAAACUACUGAGACUGCCCCAGUUGCAACUGAAGCUACUACACAUGGGGAACAAGAUGGAAUAGAUGUGGGAGAACAAGGUAAUAACGGGUCGACAUUAUGCGAGCAAAUGGAGUCAGCUACUGUUACAGAAUCUUCGCAAGAUGCCACAUGGUCCACAUCUACUCAGAGAAGCUUUGGGAAAAGGCCGAUCGUACCAACUCCAAAGAUGAUAGAGUGGCAAUGGAGUAGUGUUGGUGGUCGCAGAAGCGGUGGUCGUAGAGGUCGUGGUCGCCGAGGCCGAGGUGGUCGUGGUCGUGAAGGCGGAAGCGCAAGCGGUAGUGGAAACCUCAUCUAGUGAUCUCCGGUGGGCCGGGGUAGUUCUUCAUUCUCUCUUCCCAUUCUCUUUUUCAUGCUUAUGUUGUUUUUUCACAUCUAGAUUAAGUGUAUGCUUAAUCACUUUUAUCUAUAAAAUACUAUUUCAACAUGUAGCAUGACCCAAAAAGUCAUAGCCAUGUAACAGUUGCUUAUCAUUUUAAUUUGAAUAUACUUUUAAUUAU